CACCUGUAUUUUUUUUUUUUUGUUAAUUAAUCAAUUGUUUGGUGCUGGAAAAUCAAUCCCAGCUUCUGUUCUCUUCUACUCCGUCUCCCCCUUCCUCCCACAAUUAUAUAUUAGGAGACACAGCGACAAGGGUCUCCGCCAUAAACGUCUUUCCAUGAAACUUCCUGCUCCUCCUCCUCCUCCCUUUGAUUCCUCGUUUCCUGUUUUUAUCCCUCAUCUCAUCUCACUCACCACUCGUCCCCUUAAUUAAAUCCUCACUCAAUACAGUAGUCAGUUACUCAACUUCCCCCAAUUCCCUCUGCGUCUUCCUCUUCCUCGAACAAAACCUGAAUUACCAAAGAUGGAAGGAGGAGUCCACCCGUUGCCGGAUACUUCCGCUUUCAGAGACUGCUUCGCCCUCACAUGGAAGAACCCCUACGUUCUCCGCCUCGCUUUCUCGGCCGGCAUCGGCGGCCUUCUCUUCGGCUACGACACCGGAGUAAUAUCCGGCGCGCUUCUCUACAUCAGAGACGACUUCAAGGCCGUCGACAGACACACUGUUCUCCAGGAGAGCAUAGUGAGCAUGGCGGUGGCAGGGGCGAUCAUAGGAGCAGCAGUUGGUGGGUGGGCUAACGACAGGCAUGGUAGGAGAAGUGCACUUCUCGCAGCUGAUUUCCUCUUCUUCAUUGGAGCUGUGAUCAUGGCUGCCUCGCCCGGACCGGCAACGCUCAUCGUCGGCAGAGUCUUUGUGGGUCUUGGGGUUGGGAUGGCAUCCAUGACGUCCCCGCUCUACAUCUCGGAGGCAUCUCCGGCGAAAAUCAGAGGUGCCCUCGUCAGCACGAACAACUUCCUCAUCACUUUUGGCCAGUUUCUCUCUUAUCUCAUCAACUUAGCAUUCACCAAGGUUCCAGGAACUUGGAGAUGGAUGCUCGGAGUAGCAGGACUUCCCGCUCUGUUGCAGUUCUCGUUGAUGAUCUUCCUUCCAGAAUCUCCUCGCUGGCUAUUCCGCAAGGGUAGAGAAGAGGAAGCAAAAGCAAUCUUGAGGAAGAUUUACCCAGCAGAAGACGUCGAGACAGAAAUCCAGGACCUCAAGGACUCAAUCGACAAGGAAAUCCGCGAGGAAGGAACUUCUGAGAAGAUCAAUUUCAGGAAACUCUGGCAAACCAAGACCGUCAGGAGGGGACUCAUCGCCGGUGUAGGCCUUCAGGUUUUCCAGCAAUUUGUGGGGAUCAAUACUGUCAUGUACUACAGUCCAACCAUAGUUCAGUUGGCUGGCUUUGCAUCGAACCAGACCGCGCUUCUGCUGUCCCUUGUCACCGCGGGGCUCAAUGCCUUCGGCUCCAUCCUCAGCAUUUACUUCAUCGACAGGACGGGGAGGAAGAAGCUUCUCCUGAUCAGCUUGUUUGGAGUGGCCGUUUCACUUGGCUUGCUCGCAGGAAUUUUCCACCAGACCACCACUCACUCUCCCAUGGUGACCGUUGCUUCCGGAACCAAAUUCUCCAACAUGACCUGCCCUGACUAUGGCUCGGCAGCAAACUCGGCUUCCUGGGAUUGCAUGAAGUGCCUCAAAGCUUCGCAUCCUGAUUGUGGGUUCUGCUCUGCAGCUUCGGAUAAGCUGCUACCAGGAGUGUGCUUGGUAUCAGACGACACAGUGAAGGAUCUGUGCCACGGUGACAGCAGGGAAUGGUAUACUAGAGGAUGUCCAAGCAAAUUCGGAUGGUUGGCACUAAUCGGUUUAGGUCUGUACAUCAUCUCAUUCUCGCCCGGAAUGGGUACAGCGCCUUGGAUCGUCAACUCCGAGAUAUACCCACUGAGAUUCAGAGGUGUCUGUGGAGGGAUAGCUGCGACGGCAAACUGGAUAUCCAACCUCAUCGUAGCCCAGACCUUCCUGUCCUUGACCGAGGCUAUCGGGACUGACAUGACUUUCUUGCUGUUCGGGAUCGUGUCUGUGGUUGGUUUCUUCUUCGUCAUAGUCUUUGUGCCCGAAACUAAAGGACUGCCCAUUGAGGAAGUCGAGAAGAUGCUCGAGUUGAGACCCCUGCAGUACAGGUUCUGGGAGAAGAAGAAGAGACCCGAAGGAACGAUGGAGGAGGAGGAGAAGUUGGACAAGAAGAAUCAAGGUGUCUGAAACAGAUUUGAAGCGAAGUUUGCAUAUGAACUGUAAUGCGGAGGAGGGGAAUUGGGUUUUGUCUAUAUACUAUAUAGUGCAGAAGUGUGAACUAGUAGGGGAGUUUCUCUCAGAGAGGGAAAGGUUUAGUUUGGGUUACUAUUACAGAAACUGGCACCUUCAAUUCAGCUGUGGACAACUCCUCAAUAUUCAUACUGAGAAAAAUUGUUGGUAUAAUAAACUGCUUCUGUAUUG